AUGAAAAGAGGAAGAAUUCCUAUUAGAGCAACAAACCAGUUUCUAUUGUAUAGAACUGCACUAAUCAAAACACUUCGUGAACUUGGUUAUCAAGAUUUUAAUAUGAGAUUAAUAUCCAAAUUGGCUUCGGAUUUCUGGAAUCACGAACCUGAAUAUGUUCAAGCUGCAUAUAAACGUCUCGCAAAUCAUGCCAAAACCUACCAUAACAAAACGAUGAAAUCUUCAAAAAAAUCUUCACGAAAUAACAAUAAUAAGGACGCAUAUGCGUAA